ACAUGCAUAGCUCUUAGCUUCUUGGUAGGAAGUUGAGCUCCUUCUGAAAACAUUUGCAGUUACUUCAGAGUGUAAAUGCACCCGAAUGGCAGCUCACAAAGAACUGUCCUGUGGCCAGCACUCUGGCACGCCCACCGCCCUCCAGAAACUGGAGGGGUUUGCUAGCCGACUGUUUCACAGGCACUCCAGAGGCGCCACACAGGAUCAGAGGGCAGCUCUGGAAGAUGACGGCCUUCGGGGCUCUGAGCACACUGCUGCGUGGGACAGAUCCUUGAAAGAAUUCCUAGCCAAAGCCAAAGAAGACUUUCUGAGGAAGUGGGAGAACCCUCCCCCGAGCAAUGCUGGGCUUGAGGACUUUGAAAGGAAGAAAACGCUUGGGACGGGCUCCUUCGGAAGAGUCAUGCUGGUGAAGCACAAGGCCACUGAGCAGUACUACGCCAUGAAGAUCCUGGACAAGCAGAAGGUUGUUAAACUGAAGCAAAUAGAGCACACUUUGAAUGAGAAGAGAAUCCUGCAGGCAGUGGAGUUCCCAUUCCUCGUUCGGCUGGAGUAUUCUUUUAAGGAUAAUUCUAAUUUAUACAUGGUUAUGGAAUAUGUUCCUGGGGGAGAAAUGUUUUCACAUCUAAGAAGAAUUGGAAGGUUCAGUGAACCCCACGCCCGUUUCUAUGCAGCCCAGAUUGUGCUAACGUUUGAGUACCUCCAUUCCCUCGACCUCAUCUACAGAGAUCUCAAGCCGGAAAACCUCUUAAUUGACCACCAGGGUUACAUCCAGGUCACAGAUUUCGGAUUCGCCAAAAGAGUCAAGGGCAGGACUUGGACACUGUGUGGCACUCCAGAGUACCUGGCCCCGGAGAUCAUCCUCAGCAAGGGUUACAAUAAGGCGGUGGACUGGUGGGCACUGGGCGUGCUGAUCUACGAGAUGGCUGCAGGCUAUCCCCCAUUCUUUGCUGACCAGCCAAUUCAGAUUUAUGAGAAGAUUGUUUCUGGAAAGGUCCGGUUCCCCUCCCACUUCAGCGCUGACCUCAAGGACCUUCUGCGGAACCUGCUGCAGGUGGAUCUGACGAAGCGCUUCGGGAACCUGAAGAACGGCGUGAGCGACAUAAAGACCCACAAGUGGUUUGCCACGACGGACUGGAUCGCUAUUUACCAGAGAAAGGUUGAGGCUCCAUUCAUACCAAAGUUCAGAGGCUCUGGCGAUACCAGCAACUUCGAUGACUAUGAAGAAGAAGAAAUCCGUGUGUCUAUAACAGAAAAAUGUGGAAAGGAAUUUUGUGAAUUUUAGAGAGGAAAAAGAUCACCCCAAGCUCACACUCAGUCCUUGCACGCUGUGGAGGUGGAAGGUGGAGCCGAGACCUGCUUGUUGGAGCGGGUUCCAAUCCCUUCAUUCCAGCAACUGCGUGAGGUCUUUCCUGCGUCAUCAGUGUGCGCUCUGCAACCACCUGUGUACCCAGGCACCGCCCUGCAGCAUUGUCUGCCGUGACACGGUGUACACCACGUCCUCCUCGUUUGGUUUUCUCCACCCUCCUACAUCCUUCUCAUUCACCUCUCUGACCAGUCUCCCUUUAUUUUCCUGGUGUUUCAGAUGGGCAGUGUUAUGGCUGUGUGAGAUUUAGAAGGAGAGCUACACGUUGCUUUUGUAGUUUUGAGUGAUAUUUUUGCUGACCAGUGGCUUGAAGAUAAACUCUGAUGAUUAUUUUUAUUUUGAGUAGCUUGGACUCGGUUUUGCCAAAACUCUUAGUAAUUUUGAAGAUGGGAUGUCUUAUCAGCACGGGGAUUUGCAUACAUGAAGAUGACGUUUCAGGACUCACUGACAUAGCAGUGAGUCGAGCACCCAGAUGAGCAGUGAGGGUUCCUGGGAGAGGCUUCGUCCCUGGCCUCCUGAGAGGCUUCUCUCCACAGCAGUUGUCAGGAGCAGUGAGGGCGUGGCUCCUCGCCCCAGCUGUCUUCCUUGGUACCAGCUUCUCUGUGUAUUAGGAGAGAGGCCUAAGGUGUCUAAGAUGUCACUCUUCUUUGGGGCCUUUAGCCAGUAUUUCAGGAAAGCGUGACUGAUAAAUGACACUUUGUGAGGUUUCUCAGUCCCCCUCCGUGGGCUCUCAAGGGAAGAAAGCAAACAUGGACUUGGAAAAAUGCUAAGUCAGCAGAAGCCUUGAUCCCUGCUUGCAGCUUAGAGGCCCUCUCCUUUAAGGGAACUCUUCUGUUUGCUUUGGUUCGUAACAGG